GUGUUAGUGCGGAUUUGCCACGUCGCUGUGAGCGAUAUUUAAAGCCCCUCACAUGCAGGAUGCAGGAUGCAGUUUACGUUUCCCAGCUGCUUGACGGAGACGGCGGACAAGUUUACGCUGCUUCAGUGACACAGUAUUGUGUUUUCAUACCAGUGUUUAGAUCGUGGCUCGUUCUGUCUGAUAAUGUUGACCGACAUGAUUCUGGAGGAAGAAUUUGAGAAGAGCAAGGAGUCUUGGUACAACCCUCAGGAGCUCGAACACGACUUACACUUGGCAGCAGAGCUGGGGAAAACUCUCCUUGACAGGAACCAUGAGCUGGAGCAGGCCCUGCAACACAUGCAUUCAACCAACCAGGAGCAGCUGCAGGAGAUAGAGUACCUGACCAAACAGGUGGACCUGCUGCGUCAGAUGAACGACCAUCAUUCCAAAGUGUAUGAGCAGCUAGACAGUGCAGCCAGAGAUCUGGAGCAAAGCAACCAGAGAAUAGUGCAGGACAACCGCCUGGCCCAACACAAGAUCCAAAGUCUUACAGAAACUAUUGGGGACCUUCAAACCUACAUGGAGGACCUGCAGGCACAGAUAGAGGAGUUGAAAACUGCCCAGGAAGAGCGGAGGAAGCGAGAGCUGGCGGAGCAGCGGCGCAGUCUUGGAGCACAGAGUGUUUCCUGCCUCAAGGAGCUGUAUGAUUUACAUCAGGACUGGUAUCCAGCUCACAUGGAGGGACUCUGGUCAGCGAGGAACUUCCUCUGUGAGAAAGACAAAGAGGAUAACCUGGAGGUGGAGAACCAAACUCUUCAGCGCUCGAUCCAAACUCUCCAGAGGCAGAUAUCUGCCGAGCGGAGCCGCAGGGAGGCGGCGGAGCAGGAGAUCGAGUUGACAUCCAGGGAGAACUCAAACCUUGAGCAUCGGUUGGUCCUGCUUGCCGGCUGUCAGACCAGGCAGAGAGAGCUGGAGGAGGAGGUGGAACAGCUCCGGCUUCUGUGGCGGGCUGACUGCAACAAAAGUGUUAGAAGACCUGAAGAGCUGCUGAUGCCUGAAACCAUUUUCUUUGCCUCAGAGGAAAGGCCGUGUCCAAACCAGAGUGAGACAGGAGAAAAGGCAGAGGAGACGAGCUCCGUCGGCAGACAAAGGCGCCACAGUGACAGCAUUUUAAGAGCAACAAACGCGGAUGAAAUUCGCCGGGGUCACGAGCAGAUGUGCAUUCGGCGUGCAGAAGCUGUAAAACAGAGAGGCAUUUCUUUGCUCAAUGAGGUGGAUGCUCAGUACAGCGCACUGCAGGUGAAGUACGAUGAGCUCCUGCAGCAGUGUCAGCAAACGGAAGGGCUCAGUCAUAAAGAGGUCCAGACAUCCGGCAGUCCCUCUGCGAGCGUUCGGGGAAGCCGCCGUCUUUCCGGCUCCUCCUCCGAUCUGACCCCUGUUCCUGAAGACCACCGUCUACCUGAGUAUAAGGCUCUCUUCCAGGAGAUCUUCACUUGCAUCCAGAAGACCAAAGAUGACCUCAGUGAGAGCCAGUGUCCAAUCAGCAAUUCCUCGUAAUUUAUUCUCUUUUCUUCCGUUGAACAAGUUAAAUAAUGCAGUUAAACUCUUCAGAAUGUCAGCUAUUCUUUUUGGUGUUGCAUUUAAGACACAUCUGUUAGUUUGCACUGUUGGUUUUGUUUCAUCCUGCUGAAACUUUGUAUGCAAAACUCCUUAAAUGUGAUUCAUUUUACUGCAUAUCUAAAACUUCAGUGUCCAGAGUUACCUCCUUUCAGAGUUUAUAUCAUUUUGACUAUAUGACCACUUAAGUUGGCAUUGUUUAGAUGUAUGUGGAAUUUCAAUACAUGAUAGUAUUUAUGGAUUUCUAAAAAUGUGUAAUACUGCAAAACUCCAAAGCAUAUAUUUUUUAAAGUUGAGAAAUUGGCUUAAUUUGUUAUUAGCUAGUGUGAUUUAAGUGGAAAAGUGUUGACUGAACAGUUGAGGGGCUAUUGUAGGUAAUUAGAAAAGAAGACAUGCACCAGAUCACUCAUCCGCCCUUUUGUGUGUUAAAUCCUUUUUUGUGUAUUUAUUAACAAAAUGUAAGUACAAAAGAAUCUAAUUUAUUAUCUUUGUAGGCUGAAGUUUAAAGCUUAUUUUUCAACUUGAAUUGAUGCUCUGUCAUACGUGUAUGUAGUUACAAAAGUUUAUGAAUGUGUUCAACAGAGUUUAUAAAAAAUGAAAAAAAUGUUCUAUUUAAGCAGUUCUCAUAAUGUUAUAUGAACUUAGUAAUGUGUACUAACAAAGUGUUUAGAGCCUAGCUGAACAAAAGAAUUGUGUCUAUGAUUAUAUUUGUAAUACUGUGCACAUAAAAUGAAAAAAAUACGUUGUUUUAACAUUUUUGGCAUCUAGAAAAUGCUGUUUAAAAGUGUUUAUUUUUCUCUAAACCUUUUCAAAUUUUAAUAUGACUAAUAAAAUCUAUUCUGGUA